UUCUAUGUUACCGCCCUAUAAUGACAUUUGACAUUGCAUCAUAAUUAAGACAAAAAUUGGAGCCAUCCUGUCAUGAUUGGCGCGUCUAAACUCUAAAGUACGAAAACACACACCGACCCCAGAUUUUAAUUAAUUAAGAUCUUUGUUCGUGCGUACAAGAAAAACAUCGAAGGACAUCAAAUCCAGAUCUUUAUUCGUCGCUAUUGAUCGGAUCUGCAAACCGACUGAAGGGGAUAACAUAUAAAGAGGCGGGCAGCAUUUCUAGAUCUCGGGACCAGGAUUCGCAUCACCUGAUGCAUUUGGCUCAUUAUGGCGAACAAGUUCAAUUCGUCUGACAGUAGGACUAGAAGCUCAGUCUCUAUCUUCAUAGUAGCCGGCCUCUGCUGUUUCUUCUACCUACUCGGAGCAUGGCAGCGUAGUGGAUUCGGAAAAGGGGACAGUAUAGCAGUCGAGAUGACCAAAAGUGGAGAAAACUGCAACAUUCUCCCGAACCUCAACUUCGAGACCCACCACAGUGGAGAGGCCGGGAUAAUAGAAGAUUCAGAUUCACAAGCGAAAAUUUACGAGCCUUGCCAAACUCGGUUCACUGACUACACCCCAUGCCAGGAUCAGGGACGAGCAAUGACUUUUCCGAGAGAAAACAUGAUAUACCGUGAAAGGCAUUGCCCUCCGCAAGAGGAGAAGCUUCACUGUCUUAUUCCGGCGCCCGAAGGCUAUGUGACUCCAUUUCGAUGGCCAAAGAGUCGGGAUUAUGUGCCGUAUGCGAAUGCUCCUUACAAGAGCUUGACGGUGGAGAAGGCUAUUCAGAACUGGAUUCAGUAUGAAGGGAAUGUGUUCAGGUUUCCUGGUGGAGGUACUCAGUUUCCUCAAGGGGCUGAUAAGUAUAUUGACCAGCUUGCUUCGGUUGUGCCGAUUGAGAAUGGGAUUGUCAGGACAGCUCUGGACACUGGUUGUGGGGUGGCUAGUUGGGGUGCGUAUCUAUGGAAGAGAAAUGUGAUAGCUAUGUCUUUUGCGCCAAGAGAUUCACAUGAAGCCCAGGUUCAGUUUGCACUUGAAAGGGGUGUGCCAGCUGUCAUCGGUGUUUUCGGCACCAUUAAAUUGCCCUACCCAUCUAGAGCCUUUGACAUGGCUCACUGCUCACGUUGUCUCAUACCUUGGGGGAUAAACGAUGGACUUUAUAUGAAGGAAGUUGAUCGUGUGCUUAGACCUGGUGGCUAUUGGGUGCUUUCUGGCCCUCCCAUCAACUGGAAGAUAAAUUACAAGCCAUGGCAACGCCCAAUGGAGGAACUUGAGGAAGAACAAAGAAAGAUUGAAGAGGCUGCUAAACUUCUGUGCUGGGAGAAAAAGUCCGAGAAAGGUGAAAUUGCCAUUUGGCAGAAGACAAUGGAUUCUGCUGAUUGUCGUGCCAAGCAAGAAAACUCAGGAGUUUCGUUUUGUAAAUCUGAAGAUGCAGAUGAUGUCUGGUACAAGAAAAUGGAGCAAUGUAUUACUCCAUACGACAAUUCCAAUGAUGAUGAACUAAAACCGUUUCCCGAGAGGCUUUAUGCUGUUCCCCCAAGAAUCGCGAGUGGCUCAGUUCCUGGAGUUUCUGUGGAAGCAUACCAGGAAGACAACAAGCAGUGGAAAAAACAUGUUAGUGCAUACAAAAAGAUUAACCAGAUUCUUGAUUCUGGAAGGUACCGGAACAUUAUGGAUAUGAAUGCCGGAUUGGGAGGAUUUGCUGCUGCACUUCAAUCUCCAAAGUUGUGGGUAAUGAAUGUUGUGCCCACCAUUUCCAAGAAAAACACCCUUGGUGUUAUUUAUGAACGAGGGUUGAUCGGCAUAUACCAUGACUGGUGUGAAGGCUUCUCCACGUAUCCAAGGACAUAUGAUCUCAUUCAUGCGAAUGGUGUCUUUAGCUUGUACAAGGACAAAUGUGAUUUUGAGGACAUUUUGUUAGAGAUGGACCGUAUUUUACGACCAGAAGGGGCAGUUAUAUUCAGGGACGAGGUUGAUGUACUCGUGAAAGUGAAAAAGAUGAUUGGAGGUAUGAAAUGGAACUCCAAAAUGAUGGAUCAUGAAGACGGUCCUCUACUUCCUGAGAAAAUACUCGUUGCUGUUAAGCAGUAUUGGGUGGGCAACUCGACUUCUUCCCAGUGAAGAACUGCAAAUAAAGGGGGACAAGAGAGAAAAAAGCUACCCAAGAUUUGGAGUAUACAUUUCUAUCUGGGAGAGUUGUGGUGGCCCGAAAUUUUGCCGCGGAUGGGGGGAUUUGUUGUUUUCGGGCUUUAAUUUUAACCAGGGGUAGAGUCGGUAAGUUACAAGUUGUGUGCUGUACUUGUAACACUAAUGCUGUUUCAUUCCU